CUCUCUCUCCUGUUGUCAACACAACUCUGUUCUGACGUCAGACUCACGCACUCAACGCUUUCCUUCUUCAACUCCGUCUCGCUCUCCUUCUUCUUCUGUAGUUUUGCUUUAAAAAUAUUUUUAUAUAAAUAUCCAAAGCAGGGCAGGCAGACAGAUAGAUACAGAGAGAGAAGAGGGUGGAGAAAAAAAUAUCUUUUUUAUUUGAUCAAUUAGUAACUUAAAACCGGCAAAUUACCCUGUGAUUCUCCGAUUUCCUGUUCAGUUUUGCACCGACUCUCCUCGCUUUCUCGCCAGCCAAAUACUCCUCCCGCCCUUAGGGUUUGUUUGGGACGAUGGACUCCGAGGACGAUAUGCACGACGCCAACGACGUCGAGUCCAUGGAUGACGACGAGGGCUUUUACAGCGACGAGAUGGGCAUGGACUACUACGGCAGCGACGACGACGUCGAUGUCGAUUUCGGCGAGGAUAAUGAGGGAAUCAAGAGGAUCGAGGCUAGUCGAGCUGAGAAUAAUUUUAUCAUCUUGAAGGAAUCAGAUAUAAAGCAGCGUCAGGAAGAAGAUAUUACAAGUGUAUCUACUGUGCUUUCCAUAUCAAGAGCUGCUUCAAGCAUUUUACUUCGUUACUAUAAUUGGAGUGUUAGUGAAGUGCAUGAAGCAUGGUUUGCUGAUGAAGAUAAAGUGCGAAAAACUUUUGGCUUGUUAAAAAAGCCAGUGAUUCAGCUCCCCAGCUCAAGAGAACUUACCUGUGGGAUCUGUUUUGAAGCCUUUCACCGCGGUAGCAUCAGAUCAGCUGCUUGUGGUCAUCCUUUCUGUUGUGCAUGCUGGGAAGGCUACAUUAGAACAUCCAUUAGCGAUGGUCCUGGAUGUUUAAUACUGAGAUGUCCUGAUCCAUCUUGUGGUGCUGCUGUCGGUCAAGACAUGAUCACUAUGUUGGUCUCUGAUGAAGAUAACCGGAAGUACUCUCAGUACCUUCUUCGGUCUUAUAUAGAAGACAACAAGAAGACCAAGUGGUGUCCUGCUCCGGGUUGUGAAUAUGCUGUUAAUUUUGUUGGUGAUGAUGAAAAUUAUGAUGUUUCUUGCCUCUGCUCCUACGGCUUUUGCUGGAAUUGUACGGAGGAAGCUCAUCGUCCUGUGGACUGUAGCACUGUGUCAAAAUGGAUUAUGAAGAACAGUGCUGAGUCUGAAAACAUGAACUGGAUACUAGCGAAUUCCAAGCCAUGUCCAAAGUGUAAGCGACCUAUUGAAAAAAACCAAGGGUGCAUGCACAUGACGUGCACACCACCUUGCAAAUUUGAAUUUUGCUGGCUGUGCCUUGGUGCAUGGUCAGAUCAUGGUGAGAGGACAGGUGGUUUCUAUGCUUGUAACCGCUAUGAAGCAGCUAAGCAAGAGGGAGUUUAUGAUGAAACUGAGAGAAGAAGAGAAAUGGCAAAGAAUUCUCUGGAGAGAUACACUCAUUAUUAUGAACGUUGGGCUAGCAAUCAAUUGUCGAGGCAAAAAGCUCUUGCAGAUUUGCAUCAAAUGCGUACUGUGCAUAUGGAGAAGCUUAGUGACAUACAGCGCGAACCUGAGUCUCAGCUCAAGUUCAUAACUGAUGCCUGGCAGCAGAUUGUUGAGUGUAGGAGAGUGCUGAAAUGGACUUAUGCUUAUGGGUAUUACCUGCCUGAGCAGGAGCAUGCAAAGAGGCAAUUUUUUGAGUACUUGCAAGGUGAGGCAGAAUCUGGUUUGGAAAGGCUUCAUCAGUGUGCAGAGAAGGAGCUACAGCAAUUCCUUAGUGCAGAUGGCCCAUCGAAAGAAUUUAUUGAUUUCCACACAAAGCUAGCUGGACUGACCGGGGUGACUAAAAAUUACUUUGAGAACCUGGUAAGUGCAUUAGAGAAUGGCCUAUCAGAUGUGGACUCUCAAGCAGCUUGCAGUGGGUCAAGCUCAAAAAAUGGAGGAAGCAGCAAAGCGAAAGGUGGAAAGGGAAAGGGUCGAGCCGGUGGCUCCAGCAAAAAUAUAGACAGCGCAGGUAUGUGGACCUGUGAGUACUGUACGUAUGCAAAUUCGAAGCAGUCUACCACAUGUCACAUGUGCCACCACCAGCGACGGUGAAUAUUCUUUGCUUCCUGAUCUCUGCCCUUGUAGUUAAAAUUAACUCCAGGCAAGUUGAGAACAAGAGUAUAAUGGAAGUGGCUCUCUUGGUAUGAAAAUGAUAAGGUGUAAAAUCAAAGGAAAAAAAAUGAAGACAGAUUUGUUAGGGGAAAAAGUAGGUUUGCCUCUUGGUAUUCUUGUGUUUUGGUGGAAACAUGUGAUUAUUAUUCACUGUAUAUAAUAUCGAUGUCCUUACGAAUUCGGGGUUCUAUGACCUGCUUUUGUUACCUAUUGUUUGAUUAUCAUAUAUUAUAGUUGUCUGUUGUGAAUGCAAAUAUGCUCGUUU